AUGUCCGAUGUUGCUGGCCCCUCCACCCCCUCUCGCAAACGAUCUCGAUGGGAUACAGAAGAAGAUACCACCCCUCAAGUCGAUAAACCUGUCCCAAAACGCCGCACAAAGUCCAAGGUCACAACAUCUGCCGAGACCUAUACACCAGAGCGUACAGCUACCCCACCCGUUCGUUCGCAAAGCGUCGCGGGCAGGCUACGGCCCUCUCAUAGUCGUCAUGUUCCCCCAAGGACCGAACAUCCGCCGUUCAUGCCGUCUCGCUCCGUGUAUUGCUACGAACGGCUGAACUCCAUCGAGGAGGGCUCGUACGGAGUCGUCUUCAGGGCGAGGGAUAAGGAGACGGGAGACAUCGUUGCACUGAAGAAGCUCAAACUUGACGAGGAAAAGCAUGGAUUCCCGAUAACGGCGCUGCGGGAGAUCAACUCGUUAAUGGUUUGCAAGCACGAGAACGUGGUUGGCAUCCGAGAGGUGGUGGUGGGAGACACCUUAACACAGGUUUUCAUCGUCAUGGAUUUCAUUGAACACGACCUCAAGACACUACUCAGCGUUAUGCCGUCACCCUUCUUGCAGUCUGAAGUCAAAACACUAAUGCUCCAGCUACUCUCGGCCGUCGCGCAUUGUCAUGAACGUUGGAUUCUCCACCGAGACCUGAAGACAAGCAACCUGCUCAUGAACAACCGUGGUACCAUAAAGGUCGCGGACUUCGGGUUGGCGAGGCGGUACGGAGACCCGGUGGGCGUCGGCGGGCUGACCCAACUCGUGGUGACCCUGUGGUAUCGUGCGCCAGAGAUCCUUCUCGGUGCCACGACCUACUCUACAGCGAUCGACAUGUGGUCGGUCGGAUGCAUCUUCGCUGAACUGCUCCUGAACGAGCCGUUGUUCCAGGCGAAGGGCGAGAUAGAGAUGAUAUCCAUGAUUUUCAAACUUCUUGGCCCGCCUACUAGCCAGACGUGGCCCGACUUCCUUAACCUGCCGCUCGCAAAGACCAUCACCUUGCCCGCCCCACAGCCCUCACAGCUGCGCCAGAAGUUCCCAUACGUCACGUCGGCGGGGCUCGAUUUGCUCUCUCGCCUACUUGCGUAUGACCCGGAGACGAGGAUAUCAGCAGAAGAAGCUCUGAAGCAUCCGUACUUCACCGAGUCGCCUCUACCGAAACAUCCAGAUCUCUUCGGGUCUUUCCCAUCUGCUGCAGCCGGCGAAAAGAGAAGAAAACCAGACAGUCCUUCGGCUCCCGCAAGGGCUGCCGAUUACAAGCUACUUACGGAGUUCGACUAG